AUGUCCCCUGUCGCCGCUGGACCCAUUCUUGCCGCGACUUCUACGCCAGUCGUGAGCGCUCCCGAUCUAGCUCUGCGUGCCAAACCCGGUGCUGAUGUCCCCGCGCUCCCGGCUGGCUUCCCGGUUCAUCUUUCCCACAAGCUCGCCUGGACCGGGUCCGACUUUGACCACUCAUCUGACCAUAUCUUGGUCUUGAAUGACACCCACCACUCCGAGAUCGCUACUGCCCUCGAGAAUUACAAGUCCCUCGAUCAAGAUGGAGACCUGGUGGAACCGUCGAACUUCCCACUCCCGACACUUGGCCCGAGACUCCGUGAACUUUGCCGUGACGUCCACGAUGGCAAGGGCUUUUGCAUCGUCCGGGGCAUUAACCCCAAGACAUACAGUGUUGAGGACUUGACUCUCGCGUAUCUCGGCAUCCAGUCCUACAUUGCCGAGCAGCGCGGCCGCCAGGACAAGUGUGGAAACAUGUUAGUUCACAUUGUUGCGGACAACAGCACCAAGCAAGCAGCUGAGCACCACCGCCAUUCCACCAAAGCAAUUACCUUCCACAACGAGGAGUCGGGUGAUGUUGUCAGCUGGUUAACCCGCAGUACGGCUGCAGCGGGCGGUAAAUGUAUCAUUGCCUCUGCCUACACGGUAUACAACGUCUUAGCUGCGACCAGACCCGAUGUGAUUCGUACGCUGGCUCGGUCCGACUGGCCGUUCGCUAUGCCAUUUUUCCAAUGCCGUCCAGUUAUCUUCCACGAGAAUUCGAAGCUCAUCAUGAACUUUGGCCGUGCCGCGCUGCUUGGCAACGAGGCACAUCCCCGGCCUCAACACCUGCCAUCCCUGACAGCGCGCCAGAUCGAAGCACUGGACGCCAUCGAAGCCAUUGCAAAGGCUACCCAAUUGGAGAUCCAGACGCAGGCAGGAGACAUGCACUUCAUCAACAACCUAGCGAUUCUUCAUCGCCGUGAAAGGUACGCCAAUGGGCAAUCUGUAGCUGAAAAACGGCACUUGGUGCGGAUGCGCCUUCGCAGUGCCGAGUACGGGUGGCCAAUCCCGCGUGCUCUCAAGGGAGAGUGGGACACAGCAUUUCAGGAGCAUGGUGUCAGGCAUUGGCACGUUGAGCCGAUGCCGGCAUACUAUUUCCCGAUGCGUGCAUACCCCAAUUAA